AUUAACUACCUCAAAAAAAAAAGAACUGCUAAAGAGCCCGAAAAAGUGAACAGGAAAAAGUGUACAAAAAACAGUUAAAAAAUAAACUAACUACAACAUAAAUUAAAGCUCAUAGAAAACUAAAGGACUUGCAAGUAGUUUUCAAGGACAUUUAAAGCAAAGCAAACAAACAAUAAAUCAAGAAAAAUCAACCAAGGCACGUAGUGAGAUUUGUUGCAAGUUCAUUCCCCACCCAUCACAGCCCUCCCCGCACGCAGUGAAUCAUAACUGCGUAGCCAUGCCACAGUCCGUGCUUAAAUGGCGUCUUCAAUAUUAGCCCAAAGCCAGAGCACAGGAGGCGGUAACGUCGACAGCAGCAGCAGCAGCAGCAGCAGCAUCACUGUUCAUCCCACUGUGGCAGGGGCAGCAACAUCUGUGGCAGCAGCCGUAUCCGGAUUGCACAAUACGCACUUGAAUCAGCUGAGCAGCCUCAGUCAGCACUAUACAGCGCCAUAUCAUCAUCAUUACCACGCACAGCAGCAGCAGCAGCAGCAACAGCAGCAGCAGCAGCAGCAGCAACACUACCAUCAACAGCAGCAACAUUGGGAGUACUAUGAGAGGCAGCAGCAGCAGACAGCGGCCGCCUCAAGCUCCAACGGGAACAACAACAACGAGACAGCGGUGCCUGCGCCUUUGGGCAGCGGUCAUGCUAUCGCUGCCAAUGGCCAUGACCAUGGUGGGCAGCACAAUGAUGCCAAUUCUAAUGCCAUUUCCGCCGCCACCACCGGAGUAGGAGUAGCAGGUGGCAACAGCAACAGCACCAACUCAAACGCCAACGCAAACGCAAACGCCAACUCAAACUCCAAUUCAAAUUCCAACGGAAGCUAUACACGUCCGUGGGAAAUGGAGUCCAAGGAUAGCGGACAACAAAACCAAAAUCCAAAUCCAAACCCAAACCAAACCCAAAGCCAAACGCAUCUCCAGCAGCAACAGCAGCAGCAGCAGCAACAGCAGCAAUUGCCAUUGAAGAGCGGCUUUGAGCCAUUUUCCAAGCUGCCAUCGUUCCAGAGUCAGUUUCAUGGGUUCAAUGAUCAGCUGAUGCCGGAUGGGACACCCAUGCCCAUACCCAUGGCAGCAGCAGCAGCAGCGGCGGCAGCAGCGGCAGCAGCAGCAGCCACAGGAGCAGCAGCAGGACCACCACCGAUGAGCUCCCUGCAAACGGUGGCCAUGUCACCGGCCAGCAUCUCUGUGAGUUCGCCGGGCAUGAUGAGCGUGGGAUCGCCGCUGACGACAACCCAGCUGCCGGGCUCCAUGCAGACGAGCAUUACGCCACCGUCGGGCGGGUCCAGUUUUCCGGCACCACCGCCGCCGAAUGCCUUCCAUCAUCAUGCGCUGAAUCCGCACCAUCAUCGUGCAGCCGGUGGGUAUCCGCUGGUGCCAGCUCCGACGGCUGCCUACGCGGAUCUUCAGCUGUAUUCGGGAUUUGCGCCGCUAAUCAAGAAGGAGCCGAGCGGUGGUGGAGGAGGCAGCAGCGAUUUCGAGAUGCUGAUUAAGAAGGAGGACUUUGAUCUCAGCAACAGUGGGGGUGGUGGAGGCGGGAACAGCCUUGGUCUCGGCCUCAGCCACUUGCCACAUCCGCAUCCGCAUCCACAUUCGCUCCAGCAUCCGCACGCACAUCCGCAUGGCCAUCCGCUGGUGAAGAAGGAGCCGGCCACCGAUUUCGAGAUGAUGCUGAAAAAGGAAUCCUUUGAUCUCGGCAAUAGCCAUGGCCUCGGACACGGCCACCUGCCGCAUCCGCAUCCGCAUCCCCAUCCGCUCCAGCAUCCACUGCAGCAUCCGCAUGGACAUUCGCACGGUGUCACGCCCAUGGGCAUGCAUACGCCCACGUCGUACGAUGGCAACAAUAGCAACAGCUAUCCGCAUGCCACCACCACGGGAUCGAGCAGCACCGGCAGCCAUACACCCCACACGACACAGCCGCACACGCCCACGCCCUCGCACACGCCCAUGCCCACGACGACGACGCCCAUCAAGGUGGAGAAGCUGCUGCAGUCGCCGAUAGCACGGCUGGAGGCGCGCAAAAAGGAGCGGCGGAAACAGCGGCCCAAUUCGCUCGAGUCCAGCGCCGAGAGUGAGGCCAGCGGCAUGGACGUGGACCCCAGCAAUCCUGGCCAAGUGGACGCCGUCUCCAGUACGGCGAAUUUCAAGAGUCCACUGAGCGCCCUCGGCAUGGGGGACAGCAACGAUGGCAAUGCCCAUGGAUGCGAUAAGCAGUCGAAAAAGAAGCGCAAACGCUGCGGCGAAUGCGUUGGCUGCCAACGCAAGGACAAUUGCGGGGAGUGCGCCCCCUGCCGCAACGACAAGAGCCAUCAGAUAUGCAAGCAGCGACGCUGCGAAAAGCUCACCGAGAAGAAGGAACCCAAAGCCAAAACCAUAAUCUAUGGUGCCGAUGGUCAGCCCGUUCGACCCGAUUCGAAGCGCGGCCGCGGCAAGGGAAAGUCAGCCGGAAAUAACGGAAAUGCCGGCGCCAAUGCCACAGGAAUCAAUGCUGCAGGCAAUGGGACACCAACAACUGGGCAGUCACGUGCCCGCAAAACCUCCACCAAAGCAAAUAAACUGAGUGCAGCCGCUGCAUCAGCCACAUCGCCCCGUCUAAGUCCAACGCCGGCAGCAACAUUGUUGCCGCAGCAGUCGCCAAAUACCACAACAGCAACAGUUCCAGCCACUGGAGUUGCUGGUCUGCAGCAUCAGUCGCAACAGCAGCAACAAUAUCAGCAGCAUCAGCAGCAGCAGCAGCAACUGUUGACACAGCAGCAACUUUUGUCGCAACAGCAGCAACAAUAUCCGCAGCAGCAGCAGCACUUCCAGCAGCAGCAGCAGCAACAUUUGCAGCAGCAGCAACACGCACAGCAGCAGCAACAUCAGUCGCAGCAGCCGCAGCAGCAACAUUUGCCACAGCAGCAGCAGCAGCAUCAGAUAACAGCACAAAUUCAAACCAUGAAGGAUCAACCGCAACAGCCAAUGGCACCCAUGGCCUUUUAUCCCACAUGGCAGGCGGAUCCGUCGCAGGGCUGGCAGAACCAGUUCAUACAGCAGAUACCACAGAACAGCCCGGCCAUCACAUCGCUCAAUUCGCUGGACUUUCAGACGCAAUCGUACGCGUAUCCCUCCAACGGCUACGUGCAGUCGGGCCUCGGCUUUGAUCCCAACUACGGCCGCUCGCCGUAUGCGGCGCCAGUGCAGCGUUACGACUUCCAGAGCCAGCAGCUGUCCACGGCACCCUCGGCCAUCAAUCAGGUGGGGUUGCAGAGUGUCGCGGGCUUUGCGCCGGGCAGCGUGAGCUAUGCCGGACAGGUGUCCACGGCCCCAGCACCGCCCUCGUCCUCGGUGGGUGGACUGCAGCAGCAGCAGCAGCAGCAGCAGACGCAACAGCAGUCCCAGCAGCAGCAGCAUUUGGUGGGCGCUGAUCUGAACAAGACGAUGUCGGGAAACGACACGCCUGGAUAUCCGCGGGUGAGCAGCGUGCCGCCGCGCUCACUCAACUGUAACGGGUAUUCAGGCGACUACAGCGGCCCCAACAGCAACAACAGCAACAGCAACAGCAGCAGCAACAACAACAACAGCAGCAGCAGCAACAAUCCCAGCAACAACAACGCGACGGCGGCAGGCGGUGGUGGCACCAGCACGCCCGCCCCACCAGCCACAGUGGCACAGCCCGCGUCGUCGCCGAUGCAGCCACUCCCCAAUCAAGGCCAGCCCCUGGCAGUGCCCCAGAGUCCCACGAGGACGAGUCUCAUCCAGCAGCAGCAACAGCCACGCCUCGUGUCCCAGUCCCCGACUGGCAACGGACUGCAGCCCUAUGUGGCGCCACAACAGCAGCAGCAGCAGGGGCAGGGACAGGGACACCUCUCCUCGCCACCCAUGCAGGACUGGAACUGGCAGCAGCAGCAGCAGCAGAUGGCAGGUGAAGGAUAUCCGCAGGGAGAGCGAGUGCAUCUGAAUACGCGCAUCAAGUCGAUGAUUAUGCGGAAGAGCGAUCCCAAGGAUCCGCCGCCCGACCAUCAGCUGCAGGGUGCAGGCUCAGUGGCAGCCACCAGUCAGCCGCAGAGCCAACAGCAGCAGCAGCAGCAGCAGCAUCAGCAGACCGGUCAUUUUUUAUCGUAUAGCCACCACCUCCGGCCCGAGGCGGCGCUGAGCGCCAACGGACCGAGCAGCGCCCCACCGCACCAGCAGCAGCAGCAGCAGCAGCAGCAGCAGCAACAACAGCAGCAGCAGCAGCAACAGGGAGCGGCGAUAGCGGGCGCUGCCGAGCCGAUCGGAGGUGGUGGCGACCACAUCUGGAAGCCGCACCAUGCCCAGUCGUUUAAGAAGCCGACUGUGGCCGGUGGCGGCUACCCGGGAGCGGAUGCCCAGCUGCAGUUGCAGCUGCAGCAGCACCAGCCAGGACAGCACACGACCAUCAGCCACGCAGAGUUGCCGCCACAGCCCGUGCCGCCGGUGCCACUGCCACUGCCACUGGCACAGGCCCCGCCACCCCCUCCGCCCGUUGCACAGCCCAAGAAGUCGCGGAGUCGCAGCAAGGCGAGCCGGGCAGCAGCGGCAGCAGCAGCCGCCGCAGAGGCAGCUGCGGAGAUUGACAGAGACAGAAAUGCCACGGACCCGGGAGGUGGAUUGAAGCCCGGCCUGGGCGCACACUACCCGCACCCGCACCCGCACCCGGCCGCCGGGCAGGAGUAUCACGGGCAGUACAUCAAGACGGAGCCGGGCCUGCCUCCGCCGCCGGGCGGCAUGCCCGGACAGCCCAACAAGAUGGAGGGCUACGAGCGCAACUACCAGAACUUUAUUCAGUACGCGGACUUUUGCCAGAACGAUGGCCAGGGACAGCCGGUGCAGCAGCACGGACAUGGCCACGGACACGGACACGGACACGGGCAUGGGCAGCAGGAGUACGGCGGAUACCAUCACAAUUCGGCGUACUAUGGCGCCGGAGCGAGCAGCUUCCAGCAGAACUUCCAGCAGAACUUUGUGCCUGGCUACCAGCACUCGACGUACGGGGGCAGGGGCAAGCCGCCGCCCGGCAACAAUCCGCACCAUGGCCACGGGCACGGGCACGGGCACGGGCAUGGGCAGAGCAUGCUGGAGCUGGACCGCAAGCCGGACACGAACAGCAUCAUUCCGCUGCCCACGAACUACGAGAAGGACAUACCAGCCCACGCCUAUCCCAUUCCCCCGCAUCGCUAUGCCCUGACGCACGGAGCGCCGCCGCAUCUCAGUCACCACGGAAUGCUCGAGCCAAAGCUGGAGGACAUGGGCAUGCUGGGCCACGGUCACGGGCACGGGCAUGGCGGUGGGGGCGGGUACACCUAUCUGGGCGAUGGCAAACCGCUGAACAAUGGCUUCUCGUGCUGUCGCCAGGGCGGCACGCGGCCACCCACGGCCGAGCAUCUGAAGGACGGCACCUGCCUGGGUCUGGGCAUCCAGCCCAAGGAGGAGCUGCUCGACGAGGAUGAGCUGGCGGAGGCACACAACGGCAUGAAGCCCGGUGGCGCGGGCAAGCCCAAGGGCAAGCAGAAGCCCGACGAGAUACCCGAGAUCAUUGUGAAGCACGAGAAGAUCAAUCCGCUCUUCGACACAACGGAUCGGCUGGAGAAGGGCAACAAGACGGAGAUACCCGAAUGCGAGUGCUUCCAGUCGGAUAAGAAUCCACCAGAGCCGGGCACUUACUACACGCAUCUCGGAACGGCCUCCUCCCUCAUGGAGCUGCGGCGCGAAUUCGAGGAUCGGUGUCAGCUGACGGGUCGGCAAUUGCGCAUCGAGAAGAUUGUCUACACGGGCAAGGAGGGCAAGACCUCGCAGGGUUGUCCUGUGGCCAAGUGGGUCAUACGCAGAGCGGACCUGGAGGAGAAGAUUUUGGUGGUGGUGAAGAAGCGACCGGGUCAUAGAUGCAUAGCCGCUUACAUUGUUGUCUGCAUGGUGGCCUGGGAUGGCAUGCCGCGACUGGAGGCGGACAAUGCCUACAAGAACUUGAUCCCCAAGCUCAACAAAUACGGCCUGCCCACGACGCGACGCUGCGCCACCAACGAGAACCGCACCUGUGCCUGUCAAGGCCUCGAUCCGGAGACCUCGGGCGCGUCGUAUAGCUUCGGUUGCUCGUGGUCCAUGUACUACAAUGGCUGCAAGUAUGCGCGGUCCAAGACGGUGCGCAAGUUCCGGCUGUCGGUGAAGAGCGAGGAGGCGGCCAUUGAGGAUCACAUGAACCUGAUAGCCACGCUGCUGGCGCCCGUCUUCAAGCAGGUCUGCCCGCGUUCCUAUGACAAUCAAACGAAGUACGAGGGCGAGGCCUCCGACUGCCGGCUGGGCCUGGAGCCCGGCAAACCCUUCUCGGGUGUCACGGCCUGCCUCGACUUCUGCGCCCACUCGCAUCGGGACCUGCACAACAUGCAGGACGGCUGCACGGUGCACGUGGCAUUGCUGAAGCCCGGCAACAGGGACAAUCGCCUGCCCGACGACGAGCAGUUUCACGUGCUGCCGCUGUACACGAUGGACGGCACGGAUGAGUUCGAGAGCAUCGAGGGGCAGCGGGACAAGCACCGCACGGGAGCGGUGCAAAUGCUGGACAAAUUCCCCUGCGAAGUACGCGUGCGAUCCACGCCGCUGAUUCCCUGCCGCAGGCAUGGCAAGAAGCGCAAAGAGGGCGAUGAGGCGGCACCACCGGACGGCGAUCAAGACGCCGCCGGGGAUGCCAACAGCCAGAGCAGCUCCAGCAAUGGCGGCGGACAGACGCAGGCGCAGUCACAGUCACAGUCACAGUCCCAGCAGAGCAGUCCGCCCGCCCUGAACAUCAAGAAGGAGAACGGCACCGGGGGCAGUGCCAACGGUGGAGGAACUAACGCCAAGUCCAAGUCAAAGGCAAAGUCCAAUCAGUCGAACAACAACUCCAGCGCCUCCACGCCGGGCUCGGCGCCACCGUCGACGCCCUCGCCCCGCUGCCAGACGCCGGUGACGAACAAUCCCAGUCCGGCGGGCAGUGCCUUCAGCACACCGCCCGUGCACGGCGCCAAUCCUAAUGCCAGCAAUGGUGCGGCCGUGGGGCAAGUGGGUGCAGCGCCACCUGGGGGCCAGCAGCAGCAACAGCAGCAGCAGCAGCAGCCCGGGCAGCUGAUGAGCUCGAACUCGAGCCUGAUGAACAUGGCCACCAUGAUAGACACCUUCACGGACGCCCAGCUGCAGUCCAACCAGAUCUCGAGCACCGUCCUGGACUCGCCCUACUCCUACGACUACCAGACGGGCUCCUAUAUCGAUUCGCGGAACUACUACGGCAACUGGCCGGCGCCGCACGCCAUGGGCAUGGGCGCACAGGCGGGGCCGCCCGCACCGCCCGGAGUGGCCGGAGUGCCGCCACUCACUCCGACCACGCCCACAGCACAGCAGCCACAAUUGGCGGGGCAGCAGCAGCAGCAGCAGCAGCAGCUCAACACGGUGACGCCGCCAACGGCCACAGCAGGAGGAGGAGCAGCAGGUGGAACACUCCUGACACCAGGCGGGGCAGGAGGAGCGCCUGUCACGGGUCCACCUCCGAUCACACCCACCACGACAGCCUCGCAGCACGAUGCGACGAAUGGGGGGUAUGUGCCGAGCUACAACAACCUGACCCCGACAGCAGUAACCAAUCUGCCGGGAGCGGGCACAGACAUGCAGCAGCAGCAGCAGCAACAGCAGCAACAGCAGCAGCAGCAGAGCGGCAUAGGAGCUGUGGGAGGAGUACCUCCCGGAGUGGGUGUAGCAGGAGUCGGAGUUGAGGGCGUGGAUGGGCUGAAGAGCCGCCUGAUCAGCGAGGAGAAUCCAGACUCGACAACGCUGGUCAAUCACAGCCUGGUGGCCGAGAGUAAGUUAACCGCCUUGACAGCCAUGCAACCGAUGACCAAUCUCGCACCACUCACCACCGUGGCGGCGGCCGCUGCCGCGCACCACCACCAUCCACACCAUCCCCAUCAUCCGCACCAUCCGCAAGAGGGUUUCGUGAAGCCGAAGCCACCGCCCAGCGACUACCAGUACACGGCGCAGUAUGCCAACAACUACCAGAUGUAUCCGCCACCACCGCCGCCGCCCCACUCGGCCUACUCCGCCUACGAUGCGUACCAGAACAUGAACUACAACUAUGGGUACCACCAUCAGGCGUACUCGCCGUACGGCAUGUAUCCGCCGCAGCAGACGCCGCCGCCCACGCCGCCACCGCCGUCGCCCAACUGGAAUGUCUACGGCCACCAUCAGACGGGGUCCGGCUAUGGCGCGGCCAAUCCCGCCGCCGGAGGAGGUGGCACGCUGAUAGCCUCACACGGGGCCGUUGCGCCAACCAUCGCUGGACUGCAGAAACCCACGCUGACGGCACCCGCGCCACUCCACCACCAACAGCACCCGCACCAGCAGCAGCAGCAUCAGCAGCAACAGCAGCAGCAGCAGCAUCAGCAGCAGCUGGCGGCCACGCCACCGCAGACCAUUCUGCCGGAUCUCAGCAAUGGAGCUGGCCAGAUGGGAACGCCCACGGUGGAGCCAACGGUUGCCACAGCAUUGGCAGUGCCACCCCCCGGUGACUCCACAGGCAGCGAUGCCAAUGGCGGGGCAACGGGAGCAGCAGCAGGAGGACUGGGUGGAGCAGGAGGAGGUUCCAGCGGAAAUGCAGGACCCACAGCAUCGCCGGUCAGCACCAACUCCAGCAAGAUCGAGCCCAUCGGCGAGGUGGCGGAGAUCAAUGAGAACAUCGAGGCCUUCCAGGAUCCACAGAUGGGUGGCGUGGCCAUCGCGCUGAACCACGGCAGCGUGCUGAUCGAGUGCGCCAAGCACGAGAUGCACGCGACGACGGCUGUGCGCAGGCCGGACCGACACCAUCCGACGCGGAUGACGCUGAUCUUCUACCAGCACAGGAAUCUGAAUCGCUCCCGGCACGGCAUCGACGAGUGGGAGGAGAAGAUGCGAGUGAAGAAGAUCAACACGGACCUCGACAACAAAGCCAAAGAGGAGCGCGAGCGUCUGCUGAAGAAGGCCGCCGGCGAGGACGACGACCUGGAUCUGGACGACGCGAUGCUCGGCCACGAUGAGCUGGCCCCCGUGCCGCCAUCCGCCAUCAAGAAGGAGAACGGACAGCCGCUGAAGAACGGAGCCAGCGGCAGCAAGAAGAAAAAGAGCAGCGGCGAUGCGAGCUCCAAGAAGUCACAGUCGAACGAACAGCAGCCAAAAAACGAGAAAGUUGCCCUCCACGCACCAACACUAACGACAACGUCGUGGACGACCCUGUUUCCUAUGCAUCCUUGUGUGGUUACGGGGCCCUAUCAGGAGGGCAAUAGCAGUCCGACAUCGUCCACGAAUGGCAGCUCCAACGCCAACGCCAGCGCCAAUGGCAAUGGGAAUGGCCAGGGUGGCCAAACGCCCACGCCAGGAGCGGGGCAGCAGCAGCAGCCGCAGCCGCCGCCGCAGCAGCAGCAGACUUGAAUCUGUCUGCCUAUCAGCGGCUGAGCAGAUCCUUCUACUGGUAAUCAACAUGAUUAUCCUCGGGAGCUGCACUCCCCGGAUGCAGCUCCAAUUCCAGUUCCACUGCUGCCCCCAGCAACGCUGCUCUUAUCUUAAGUCCCACACACACACCACACCCCCUCAUACACACACACACACACAAUGACUGAAUAAUUCUCUCAAAGCAAAAGUCCCAGUAAAUUAUUUUUGUAUAUGCGUCUGAUUUCGUGUGCCAUACGAGAAGGAAAGAGUAGAACGAGUAGAAAGAGUAGGGAGUAAGCAGCAGCAGCAGCAGCAAGAGAAGACAAAGAGUUGGCGCUGCCAGUCCACACCAUUCCACACAGCACACACACACACAGCAAGGAAAAGCGAAACCACAAUAAACAUGCAGCUAGCUUAAUAAAUCUAUCAACUUUAGUUUCCUAAGUCAACGACAACAGCGAGCAGCUGAGAGCUGUAGCGGCGAGUAACGAGUAGCGAGUAGCAAGCAGCCAGUUGUCCCAGUGAGUUUUAUUAUUUUUCUAUGUUUAACAGAAAUGAAAUGGAGUGAAAUCACACCACAAAAGCAAACAAACUACAGAACAAGCAACCACAAAACGAACACUAAAAGAAAAAGAGUAAAUCAAACACACUAAAAACUAAUAAAACAGAGCAAAACGCUUGAGCAGAAACGAUGGAAAAUACUAAACAGAGUUAGUGGAAAGUUAAACAAAACAAAAAACACAAAAAGAUCAUUGCCAAAAGUACAAAUAAACAAUUUUUUAAAUGCAACUAGAAAAAGGUAAAGAAUUUCGCCACGACACACCACACACCACACCACACACCACUCGCAAACCCAAAAACAAUAUGCAUAGAACAGUUUUUACUACAACAAAAGCCAAGUCGACGCGACACAUACACUACACUAGACUACAAAAGAAUACUAUCUACAGUUGAGUUCCACACAAGUUCCACUCAAUUUGUCUGUCCCUUUGGUGCUCGGUGCUGCCCAGUGCCAAACGGAUUCAAAUUGCCACAAGACAAAUGGGAGGCUGUUCCCCUUGGGUUCAAGCAGAGCAGGCUUCCAUUUGGAUUGCUUGAUAAAUCAAUCGUUUACUUCAGAGAGGAGAGCGGAGAGCGGAGAGCGGAGAGCAGGGCCAGCGAUGACAGAUCACAGUUUUGGUUUAUUGUGAGAAAAUGUGAGGCAGCAAGACAUUUUUUUAAACAUAAUUUAAACUUAGCUUAAGCAAACACCAACACAACACAACACACCCAAACAUAUUUAUUUGUAUGCGCCCAAGGGAAAUGUUUUAGUGUAGUUUAGAUUAUGAUUUUUCCCAAGUGAGAGGAGAAGAGAGCUGUAAGUGUGGAUGGCAAAGUGCAGGCAAGGCAAGGCAAGGAAAGAAUUCAUUUCAAAGGCAAAAAGGAAAACCCAAAAAGACUCGAAACCAAUCAAGUAUUAAGCACUAAACAACCAACAACAACAAAAACAACAACAACAACUACUAUAAAUUAACUAAUUAUUUGCCUAAUCAUUUGUCAAGUAAUUGUUGUAUCCAUCCAAGUAAACAAAACAAACACAAAGACACAAAA